CGUCAGGCGACGAGGCGACAAUUGUGACGUCAAAGUCAAAGCAAACAAUUCAGUUCAAAAUUUUCAGUAAUGUAUCAUUUCUCUCAUGUAACUUUUUUGCAUUUGCCUACAUCAAAAGUACUUAGAUCGUUCAGUACUAGGUAAUCCUCAUAACCAGUAAAUAUUGGAAUCAUGACAUUACAGUUAUUCGCUUUUGCAGUAAAUAUCUGAGGAACUAUUAUGAUGUUUUAAACCUAAAAAAGGGGUGCACUGCUAAGGAAAUCAAAGAUUCCUUCAUUAAAUUAUCUAAAGAGUUCCAUCCAGACAUUAAUAAAAGUAAUGAUGCUCAUAAGAAAUUCCUACAGAUCAACGAAGCAUACAAAGUCUUAAGUAACAUUAAUUCAAGAAGAAACUAUGACUUAGGUCUGAGACCUAUGCAUGAAGAUAGCACCAGGGGUCCAUAUAGAACAUACACAUAUGAUGCUGAGCAAUUUGUUCAUAACCCAUGGAAAGAUCGAUCAUUUUAUGCAAAUAGAGACAAAUCACAAGACAAGUUCAAUGAAGGUGAGCCAUAUUAUGGCAUCAAAGGUAUAAAGAAGUUAUCUAAUAGAACAAUAGUUAUGGUGUGCCUUGCUGUAGCAGGAUUUGCACUGGCACUGCAGGUCCUUGCAAUAAGAAAUUCAUUUACCUUUCAACGAGAAGAAUUAAUAAGACGAUCCAUUGAAGCAAACGAGACUCUUAAAAAAGUAAAAGAAGCUGCUGCUUUAAAUGGAAAUGAAGCACAAAUAGAAUUACUCAAAUUGAAGUUCGCGAGUAGGAGCAAAAUAGAUGAUUAACAGAGUACGAAGAUAUUUAGAAAUCUAUUUAAUUUAGCUGCUGUUUUCUUUGAAAAUGCCAAAAAAUACAAUAAAAAUGUUAUACUUAAGCAUU